UCUGCCCGCAAUGGCCGUCCUCCCGCUGCUCCUUUGCCUGCUGCCACUAGCCCCUGCCUCAUCUCCACCCCAGUUAGCCACACCCAGCCCAUGCCCCCGCCGCUGCCGCUGCCAGACACAGUCACUGCCUUUAAGCGUGUUGUGCCCAGGGGCUGGCCUCCUUUUCGUGCCACCCUCACUGGACCGCCGAGCAGCUGAGUUGCGCCUGGCAGACAACUUCAUUGCAGCUGUGCGCCGCCGCGACCUGGCCAACAUGACAGGCCUGCUGCACCUGAGCCUGUCACGCAACACUAUCCGCCACGUGGCGGCCGGUGCCUUUGCUGAUCUUCGCGCCCUGCGCGCCUUGCACCUUGAUGGCAACCGGCUGACCUCUCUGGGAGAGGGUCAGCUUCGCGGCCUGGUCAACUUGCGCCACCUCAUCCUGAGCAACAACCAGCUGGCAGCCCUGGCCGCCGGUGCCCUGGACGACUGUGCUGAGACACUUGAGGACCUCGACCUCUCCUACAACAACCUUGAGCAGCUGCCCUGGGAGGCUUUGGGCCGCCUAGGCAAUGUCAACACAUUGGGCCUUGAUCAUAACCUGCUGGCCUCCGUCCCUGCCGGCGCCUUCUCCCGCCUGCACAAGCUGGCACGGCUGGACAUGACCUCCAACCGCCUGACCACCAUCCCACCCGACCCACUCUUCUCGCGCCUGCCACUGCUCGCCCGGCCCCGUGGCUCACCUGCUUCCGCCCUGGUGCUGGCCUUUGGUGGGAACCCCCUGCACUGCAACUGUGAGCUGGUGUGGCUGCGGCGGCUGGCGCGGGAGGAUGACCUUGAGGCCUGUGCCUCGCCACCUGCUCUGGGUGGCCGCUACUUCUGGGCUGUGGGCGAGGAGGAGUUCGUGUGCGAGCCACCCGUGGUGACUCACCGCUCGCCGCCCCUCGCAGUGCCUGCGGGUCGGCCAGCUGCCCUGCGCUGCCGGGCAGUGGGGGACCCUGAGCCCCGUGUGCGUUGGGUGUCACCCCAGGGCCGGCUGCUAGGGAAUUCAAGCCGUGCCCGCGCCUUCCCUAAUGGGACGCUGGAACUGCUGGUCACCGAGCCGGGCGACGGCGGCAUCUUCACCUGCAUUGCGGCCAACGCAGCCGGCGAGGCCACAGCUGCUGUGGAGCUGACUGUGGGUCCUCCCCCACCCCCCCAGCUGGCCAACAGCACCAGCUGUGACCCCCCGCGGGACGGGGAUCCUGAUGUCCUCACCCCACCCUCUGCUGCCUCUGCCUCAGCCUCAGCCAAGGCAGCUGACACAGGCACCCCCGCCAGCCACGGCGUGCAGGUGACUGAGCAGGGGGCCACAGCAGCCCUUGUCCAGUGGCCGGACCAGCGACCUAUCCCAGGCAUCCGCAUGUAUCAGAUCCAGUACAACAGCUCAGCCGAUGACAGCCUUGUCUACAGGAUGAUCCCGGCGGACAGCCACUCAUUCCUGUUGACUGACCUGGGGUCAGGCCGUUCCUACGAUCUGUGCGUGCUAGCGGUCUACGAGGACAGCGCCACAGGGCUGACGGCCACGCGGCCAGUGGGGUGUGCCCACUUCUCCACGGAGCCAGCGCUGCGGCCGUGCGGAGCCCCGCACGCACCCUUCCUGGGUGGCACUAUGAUCAUUGCACUGGGCGGUGUCAUCGUGGCGUCGGUACUUGUCUUCAUCUUCGUGCUACUCAUGCGCUACAAGGUGCACGGAGGCCAGCCCCCUGGCAAGGCCAAGGUGCCUGCACCUGUCAGCAGCGUUUGCUCCCAGACGAACGGCGCCCUCGGCCCCACGCCAGCCCUGCCAACCUCUGAGUCCUCCGCGCCCAGGGCUCACACCGUAGUCCAGCUGGACUGCGAGCCCUGGGGACCCAGCCACGAACCUGUGGGCCCCUAGCCACAUGCCCACUUCCACGGCCCCUCCGGCCCAGCAGCACCAGGACCCUGGCACAUCAUGGGGCCUGGCCACAGACUCACCAAAUUGCUCAUGGUUUUUAAAACUCUGAUGGGGAGGGUGUUGGGGUACCAGGGCACAACAAGAAAGUCCUAUUUUUCCAAGCUUGGGC